AAAACAUAAACCACAAUUUCCCAAAAUCUAGUUGGCUCAAUUUUCUUACCAUACACAAUGUGUAUUUAACUUUUAUUUUACAUUAUUUUUGUAUAUUUUUUUGUCAUGGGUUUGUCUAAAUUAUUGUUUAGUUCUAGAUAUCUGCAGAAUGGGGCAGGGUACAUGGGCCGAAGGCUGUUGGCCUCCGAAGCCGGUCACUCACCAUGUGAGAGCAGUGGUAAUAAGGAAUCAGGAAAAAGUGUCGUAAAUGCGAAAGCGGCAGUAUGCGGCGUGUAUAUUGCAGACGGCCGGUUUGAGCUGACUUCGUAUGGUCAGGAAGUUGAUGGGAAGGGCAGUAAUAAGCUCACCCAGCAUCUCAACGUGCUGGGCCCUGAAUUUAAAGUGGGCCAAGCGGUCGUGGUCACUGACGUGGGCGAGUUCGAGGCGGUCGCUCUCACCAGCUUCGGGCCCAAGGACGCCGAACAGAAUGAACUGGAAGGCCUUCAUGAAGGGAGGGAGAACAUACGCUGGGGCAUAGGCGCUGGAUAUAGAGUCCUGAAUCCUUACGGUUUUGCAAAAUGGCAGAUGUGGUACGACGCUAGCGUGCACAGGGACGCCAGCUGUGAGGCCCUCACGCUCGCCGAGUGGAAAUUCGACAAGUUCCGACACUAUCCGCCUCUUCCGCCGGCGGGUCAACCCUCGAUCGACACUGAUGAAGGGAAGAUGGGAGUGGUUCGGGGCCAGGCUCAAAACUGGGCGCGCUAUCUGUCAGACAUGCCUGCCAAUAAAAUGACUCCUACUGACGUAGCACAGGAAGCGAUAGACGUACUUUGCCCACUGGGCGUCAAAGUAACCGCCCACGACCAGCACUGGAUCGAGGCCAACAACAUGCAGGCGUUCCUCACCGUAGCCAGGGGUUCCUGCGAACCCCCCAUCUUUCUCGAGUGCGAGUAUAAAGGCCUGGAUAGCGGCAAUGUUAUUCUGAUGGCGGCUAAAGGUGUGACUUUUGAUAGCGGCGGCCUGUGCCUCAAGAAGCCUUCGGAUAUGAUCGAGAACAGAGGAAGUAUGGCCGGCGCCGCUUGUGCGCUCGGUGCGAUACGGGCUUUAGCUGAGCUCAAGGAAAAAGUGAACGUGACUUUAGUGGUGCCGCUCUGCGAGAACAUGAUCUCAGGCCAGUGUAUGAAAGUCGGCGACAUUGUGCCCGCGCUCAACGGGGUCAACAUACAGAUUGAAGACACCGACAUGGAAGGCCGGCUGAUGAUGGCAGACGCGCUGGUGUACGGGCAGGCCAGGUACAGGCCCUACAUCGUCGUCGAUGUCGCUACGCUCACACACGGAAUCAAGAUGGCGACCGGCGGCGGGUGCUACGGCUGCUUCGCCAACAAGGAGUAUCUGUGGGACUGCGCCAAGCGCGCCGGCGCCACGUCCGGCGACCGGCCCUGGAGGUUCCCACUCUGGGACUAUUACAAGAGACAGAUUGUCGACGAUCCAUCUGUGGACUUAAGGAACCGGGGAUCAGGAAAAGCGACGCCUUGCAUUGGUGCGGCUUUCCUACAGCAAUUCGUGUGCACCGAUUGGCUACACUUCGACAUCACUGGUGUGGGUAAACUGGCACACGACCCGCCGCCAUACUUAUGCUCGAAGCGAAUGAGCGGCCGGCCCACACGAGCGUUGACGCACACCCUCAUCAACAUAGCCACGCAUGAAGAGUGCAGGGCCAAGAGUCACUAGGAUUCGGGCACACACAAGCACCCUUCGUUUGUCAACACAUCUACCUCUUACAGGAUGGAUGUUAAUUGUAUUGUAGUUGUAACUUGACGCUGUGAUGUGUGAAAAAUUGUCUUGAUAGCUGGCUAGUUUUGAAGUAACGAUAUCAUAACGUGUCUUAUGCUACUUCUCCAAGAGAAUAAACAUCUAUAAAUAUUUUGAGUAAGACUCAAGCAGUCAACGUACCAUCACCCACGCUGUUACAAACAAACUAGUACAAACAGCAACACUCCUAACUGUACAUCGGUGGACCUUAUUACAAAAGGAAUAAGGUCCACCGAUGUACAGUUAGAAGUAUUGCUGUUUGUACUAGUUUGCUUUGUUACUUUAAAAUUACAUAAGACUUUCUAUAUUUUAGCUUCAGAGAACUUUGGCUGGUUUGGUUUUUAACCCUUUACCAGGCUAAGGGACAUUUAUUUCCCACAUACGGCACUUCAAACAUGUGUUCUAUUUUAGAUGAGUAAGACUGACGGAUUCGAUUGUCAGUUUUGAAAUGUUAGCCUGGUAAAGGAUUAACAGCCUAAGUGAACUGUUAGUCAAGGAUAAGUCUACAUUAAACUUGCACCUCGAAACGAGGAAUACCUUUCUAGAACUAGAACGCUGGUACGUAAACUGAUAAUAUACGCUGCUUAUAAGAACAGUGGCACAAAACAAAAUGGAAUGCCAUUCGAUUUCAAAUCUUACCAUUAUAUGUUAUAACAUAUAAUAUUACCUAAAUGAGAUAGCAUUUGAGUUGUGCCACUGUUCUCCAUAAGCAACAAGUCUAGCUUAAAAUUCUGCUUGCUCUAAGAUAAUUAUUAUUAUCAACAUUGGUAGCAAAAAAGUUUGGCUUCUAAAAACGUCUUCUAUAAGAAUUUGACGUGUUUAGUUUCGCAUUCAAAUUGUCGCUUGCUAAGUUACAUAAUUAGCUUAGAAUUUAACAUUUCUCUUUGUCAAGUAGCAUAAUAUAUAACCAUAUAAACCUUUUCACACACCACAAGUGUAUGUACUAGUAGUACUCUCAGGGAUCAGACAAUGACAACACACGUUACAGCCAUUCAGAAUGUAUUGUUUUAUGCAAUAAAUAUAAUUUGGAAAUACUAA